AUGACUCAUGAGCAACGGUUAGUAUUUGAUGAGAUACUCAAUGCUGUUAUUAUAGACUUUGGUGGUUUUUACUUCUUUUAUGGGCAUGAUGGGUGUGAUAAGACAUUUAAUGGAAUUGCAUUUUUACUCCUACCUGGUGCCAGAACGUCUCAUUACAGGUUUUUAAUACCUAUUACAAUUACUGAUGAAUCUACUUGCAACAUCAAGUAUAGCAGUUUGAAGGCUGAGCUGCUCAUUCAAAGUAGCUUAAUAAUUUGGGAUAAAACUCCAAUACUCAAUAAAAUGUGCUUUGAAGCACUUGAUCAGAUGCUCAAGGAUUUUAUGUUAGUUACCGAUCAACAUAAGACAUAUCAACCAUUUAGUGGUAAAGUUUUGAAGCUGCAAACGAACAUGAGGCUUCUAAUGUCCUCUUCAGAUCAACAUGAAGGUAAAAUGAAGAGAUUUGUUAAUUGGAUAUUUGAUGUUGGAAAUGAAAAUAUUAGUUCUGUUGUUGGUGAUGAGUCACAAGUUGAAAUUUCAGAUGAUUACAAUUACUGA